CUUCAGUUUUUGCCUCUGGAGGGAAUGGAUGCAGAUCAUCAGAAAAGAAAUCGGUGUGAUUUUACAGUGAAACGUGGGCAUACAGUUUAACCAAAUUAUAUUAAAUGAAAUUAAACAUCUGAUAUAAUAGUAUAUUGUCUGUUUACAUAAAUUUAUCAAUUGGUAUUACAAUACACUCUUUUUUUACGUAAUGCCACGAUAAGGCUAAAUGGACUAAAAAAAACUCGCGGCAAGGGUUUUAACCAUGUUUCUAGUGCAGCAUGAAUCGCAGAGAAACGCAUAUAUGAAAAUGGAAGCCUCGUGUCUGGAGCUGGCCCUGGAGGGAGAGAGGCUGUGCAAGGCAGGCGACUACCGAGCCGGCGUCUCCUUCUUCGAAGCGGCCAUCCAGGUGGGGACCGAAGACCUUCAGAUCCUCAGCGCCAUCUACAGCCAGCUGGGGAACGCCUACUUCCACCUCCACGACUACACCAACGCCCUGGAGUACCACCAUCACGACCUGACCCUGACCAGAGCUAUUGGAGAUCAGCUUGGCGAAGCGAAAGCUAGUGGUAACCUUGGAAACACACUGAAAGUUUUAGGGCGGUUUGAUGAGGCGGUAGCUUGCUGUCAGAGACACCUGGACAUUUCCAGGGAUCUUAAAGAUAAGGUUGGACAGGCAAGGGCGCUUUAUAACUUUGGGAAUGUGUACCACGCCAAAGGGAAGAGCAUAUGCUGGAAUGGGACGGAGCCGGGGGAGUUUCCAGAGGAGGCCAUGGCAGCGCUGCGGAAAGCAGCCGAAUUCUACGAGGCUAAUUUGUUGAUUGUGAAGGAGCUGAGGGACCGUGCGGCCCAAGGCCGGACAUACGGUAACCUUGGAAACACACACUACCUUCUGGGAAACUUCCAGAGUGCUGUGGUAGCUCAUGAGCAGCGCCUCCUGAUUGCUAAGGAGUUUGGGGACAGAUCAGCAGAGAGGAGGGCAUACUGUAACCUUGGGAAUGCAUGUAUUUUUCUCGGAGAAUUUGAAGUGGCAGCUGAACAUUACAAGAGAACUCUGCAGCUGGCUCGGCAGCUCAGGGACAGGGCGGUGGAGGCCCAGGCCUGCUACAGCCUGGGGAACACCUACACCCUGCUGCAGGACUACGAGAGGGCCAUCGACUACCACCUCAAACACCUCAUCAUCGCACAGGACCUCAACGACAGAAUUGGAGAGGGAAGAGCCUGCUGGAGUUUGGGGAAUGCCCACACAGCCCUGGGGAACCAUGACCAGGCCAUGCACUUUGCAGAGAAACAUCUGGAAAUCUCCAGAGAGAUUGGAGACCUAAAUGGUGAACUGACAGCCAGAAUGAACGUGUCAGACCUGCAGAUGGUCCUGGGUCUAAACUGCAGCUCCAAGAAUCCUGCUGUCCCUGAAAACCAUGAAACCGACUACAACCAUCAUGGGGCAAGACCCCGAAUGGAACGAAGACACAGCAUGGAGAACAUGGAGCUGGUGAAACUGAGCCCAGACAAGAUCAACGGUCAGAACUGGAACAACGACAUCCUCACCAAGCAGCCCAAAUCGUCUCUGGCCAAGACGUCCUCCAAGCUGUUCUUCAUCAACCGUUUGCGGGGCAAGAAGAACAAGAGCAGUGACCCCUCCAGGAACGUCGCGCAGGACACCGGCAGCACCCUGGCUGUGCCCCAGGUGGAGGACCCCAAGGAGGGAGACAGCCCGGACAUGCUGGGAGACGAGGGCUUCUUCGACCUCCUCAGCCGCUUCCAGAGCAACCGCAUGGACGACCAGAGGUGCUCCAUACAGGAGGGCAGGACCGCCCUGUCUGUGCCCUCCAGCCCCCCCUCCCGCCCAGCCCAAGCUAUCCCCAAGUCUCACUCGGCGAGCGACGCCUCCCCGCAUCGCCGCCAGCUGCUGGACAUGGUGGCCACCUCGCAGGGCCGGCGCCUGGACGACCAGCGGGCCAGCGCCGGCAACCUGCCGGGCCUGCGGCUCAGCCAGCAGAACGGCCAGUCGGUCCUCAGCCAGCUGAUGGCUAGCGCCGACGGCAGGGAGCCCGACGAGGAUUUCUUCGACAUGCUCGUCAAGUGCCAGGGCUCCAGGCUGGAUGACCAGCGGUGCGCAGCGCCCCCUCCUGCCGCCAAGGGCCCCACGGUCCCAGACGAGGACUUCUUCAGCCUCAUCCUGCGCUCGCAGGCCAAGCGCAUGGACGAGCAGCGGGUCCCCCCGCCCUCCGACUCCGGGCCGCCAAACCCCAACUGAACUCCCUCAGGGCACCGUUUUCACUGUGAAGGCCGGAGUGCGUCUCCGUGCACUUCCGUGGGCUCAGAAGGGCGCGCUUCGCUGUCUGUUUCCCAGGAGACCUUGCACUGUCUGUUAUGAAGUGAGCAGACCACGGGUAGCCCUGUGCAGUGGACGCUAACAGACACACCGCGGGGGCGCUCCGGUGAGUUAUUAGGACAGCUCAGCAGCCCCCCCUCAGAAUGGCUGCCCCACGGUGAGACUUCUCACGCAGCGUAGCGGCAAGCUCAUGUCUACUGCCACGACACCCCCCUUGUGUCAGGUAGGAAAGGUAAAUACUUGGAAUCAUAUAUUUUUUUUAAUCAUCUGUAUGUCCAGGAUUGUUGGGAAGUGUAGUAUAGAAAAAGACCUUCCUUAUGCAAAUAUCCAGAAGAUAGUCAGUGUUCACAAUUUUGCUGUUUUGUAUUUCAGUGCAGACGAUAGAGGAAUAAAACCUCAUUUCAAAAUUUUUUUAUUGUCUUUUUACCUUCCAGUGCACAAAAAUAUUUCCGGUGGAAAAACAUAUGUACAAACAACAGUAUGAGCAUGCGUUCUAACUAACUAAAAAAAAAAAAGAAAAUCCAAUUCUGAAACUU